GUUAACACGAAUCAUAUUUGAAACUGGUGAAAAGUAUUAAUUAUUUCAUCUGAAGUUCUGCGUAAAGGGAGCGGAUUAUUAUAUAUAUCCUGUAGCAUUGAGAAAACCGUCCAGGACUCGUGUUGCGACUUGAAGCUGUUCGAUAUCUGAUUUUAUCCUUGUCACCGCCUCCAUGCGGGUUAGCAUCUAGAGGCUUUGUUGGACGCUCAAAUUGUGCUUUUGAAUUCGGUUUUGCUCGCUUCCGCCAUGCAAGGAGCUAUAUCCACUUUUGGACAGUUGUAUUUUCUUUUCGACGCCGUCUCGCAACUCUCGAUUUUCAGCCACAUGGCGUCGUUGCUGGCCAUACGCCAGCUUCUUGGCCCCGGGAGCUCAGAAAUUACCUCCUCGCAGUUCCACACCUCAUCUAUCGUGCUAUCUCAAUUGCGCAAGAAAUCCAAAAAACCGAAUGGCAAGUCAUCCUCGCCACCACGCACCCGUCUUGCGAAGUCGCUCCAGCCAACAGGCAAGGCAAAGAAGCUCGGAAAACUCGAGAUAGCAACAUCUCGUCCAGAAUUCAAGCGUGAUGUCGUCCCGCAUGAAGGCCUCGCGCCGCAACAACGUGCGAGCCCACCUAGGCGGAUAACCUCGGAACCGAGAUCUAUCCCAAGGCGCAGGACACCAAACGACGAUGCGGACGCUGAUGCUCAGGUCAAGAACUGGGCCAUCAAAGCUCACUCGGAACGAGUAGACAGGCGCAAGGCCGUCGCACGUCAGCCUCCUGUCCCUCAAGUCAAUCCCUUGGAAGAGGAAUUUGAUCUGGCUGCACCGGCUUCCUCCUCGAGUAAAGACCUUCCCACUCGAUUCUCUUCUCCGCCCUUGAUGCCUGGGCUGUUGGAAAGCUUACAAGAGACACUAGGAAAGGAAGCAAAGCCAACUGCUAUUCAAGCGUCGUCGAUGAAACAUUUAUUUAAGGAACACGUGGAGGGCGAGAAGUACAAAGAAUUUCUUCUUGCGAGCGAGACAGGGUCAGGAAAGUCGAUAGCAUACCUCCUCCCAGUAUUGCAGGAUCUCAAACGCACGGAGCACGAACAGUCCAACGCCGUUUCCCACAAUUCAUCUCGCAAACCUUUGAAUCCACGUGCGCUCGUACUUGCGCCUACGCAUGAACUCACUCGCCAACUUGCAGGCUUCGCGAAGAAGUUGUCUCACGUCAUUAAGUUGCGCGUUAUGUGCGCUAGCAAGGCGAACACACCCAGUACGGCCAAGUCUAGUGGAACCGCCUCGAAGAUGAAAGGAAAAUUCGAGGACGCUGGCGCUGCGAGUGACGCCGAGUUCGUCAUCUCAAAAUCUUCCCGUGGGUCAAGACCGGUAGACCUUCUGGUGGGUACACCGAUGAAGCUUCUCGAGAUGGAGCGCGGGAGAGGCUGGAACUGGGAGGAGCGAGCAAGAGAGCGAGCAAUGAGGAUAGGGAAAGCCAAGUCCGAAGAGCACGAAGAUUUAAAGGAAGAAGACGGGGGCAACAAAGAGGCACCACGAGAGUUCUGGGUUGAUGAACCUGAGAUGGGCUUGGAGAGUGUACAGUGGGUGGUUGUAGAUGAGGCAGACGUCCUGUUCGAUCCGGACUUCCAAGAAUCUACUCGCAUGCUUCUAGCUGAUAUUGCUGCAGCGCGUGGUUCGCCUGUUCCAGUAAUCCCUUCCUCGGCUCUAUCCUCGACUCCAGAUUCAGAAGCGACAACCACAACAAUUUCCUACCCGUUUAAUUUGCUUCUUACCAGCGCCACAAUUCCUACAUCUCUCGCUACGUAUCUUUCAAACUAUCACCCAUCCCUCACCCGCCUUGCAUCUCCCCGGCUGCAUCACCUUCCUUCGACCCUUCGCACAGAGCACACGUCUUGGACAGGCGGGAACAAAAACGCAGACAUUGAGCGCCGCAUCCGUCGCGUAUGGGCCGAAGAUGCUCUCGUGCACUCCAAGACCGCGACCAGUCCCGGCCCCAUCAAACUGUCCAAACUCCUCGUCUUCUGCAACAAACGCAGCAAAGUCGAGCAACUGGCCGCAUUCCUCGACAGCCGCGGGAUCAAAUGUGUCGCGCUCACCGGUGGUGCAGAGGCACGCAAACGAGGGUCGAACCACCAUCUCGAUGGGUUCUUGAAGACGGGUGGGCCUGUAGCGACGGGUCCCGGUGUGUGUGAUCCGGCUCAGACGCCUCAUGUGCUUGUUACGACCUCGCUUCUUUCGCGCGGGUUGGAUUUUUCGCCGAUGAUCAAGCAUGUGUUCAUUGUUGAUGAACCGAGGAAUAUGAUUGAUUUUUUGCAUCGUGCUGGUCGUGCUGGGCGUGCGGGAGAGACGGGGAAGGUGGUGGUGUUUGGGAGGGCGAAAGGAAGGGGUAGCGGCCGGACGGAGGAUGUCAAAGAGAAAGUCAGGGCUGUUGCUGGAUAGAUGAUGGUGGUGGGUCGUUCAGUUGGUACAAUUAUUUCGUGUAUUAUCCAUAGUUGUCUGAUAAUCCCUACUCACGGUUUUGCGUACUGUGCAUUUACAUAGAGACAAUCCUUUGCGUUGCUAAAUCAAUCUCUAAUCACAGUCAACCUUCAGGGUGCUGUUAAUUUCAA